UUAUAUUUAGUUUUAUCAUUGCUCAGGUGAUGUGAUACAUGGCUUAGAGUUGGAAGAAGUCUGGUAGCUUCUCUCUUUUGAUGGCAGUGACUUAUAGCCUUUACUUCCUCUUCUUUCUCUUGAGAUAAAUCAGAUAAAACAAUUUCCAGAAGUUUCAUCGGAGAAUCAGUCCUGCGGUGAUCGGAGCGCUGGUCGCCGGCUGACGUGACAAGGUAGAGUGUGUGUUUUGUUGUUUGUUAUUUGUUGUUGCGAAAGAGAGAAGCGAGAGUGUUUGGAUUGAUAAGAAGAAAAGAGAAAUGAAUGGGGACAACAAUGGAUUUGGGAGUGCGGCGACUGAGUAUAUAAGGAGACAUCAUAGGCAUGAGAUAUGUGAGAAUCAGUGUACUUCAGCUCUCGUUAAGCACAUCAAAGCUCCUGUUCCUCUUGUUUGGUCUUUGGUGAGGAGAUUUGACCAACCACAGAAGUAUAAACCCUUUGUCAGCAGGUGUGUUGUGCAGGGAAACCUUGAAAUUGGGAGUCUUAGAGAAGUUGAUGUCAAGUCAGGGCUCCCAGCCACUACAAGUACUGAAAGACUGGAACUCCUUGAUGAUGACGAGCAUGUCCUCAGCAUCAGGAUUAUUGGUGGGGAUCACAGACUAAAGAACUACUCUUCAAUCAUUUCCCUCCAUCCAGAGAUCAUUGAUGGAAGACCUGGUACUCUAGUCAUUGAAUCCUUUGUGGUGGAUGUGCCCGAGGGGAACACCAAGGAUGAGACAUGCUACUUUGUUGAAGCUUUGAUCAAGUGCAAUCUCAAAUCACUUACAGAUGUCUCAGAGGGGUUAGCGGUGCAGGACCGGACCGAGCCCAUUGAUCUUUGAAAGUUGGGGCUGAGGAGAUAAGGUGGUGGCUCUAGUUGCCAUGGAUGAAGCUUCGGAGGCUUUCGUAUCUUGGGAGGCUUUAGAGAUGGACUGGCAAUUGUGGUUCUUCCAUCUUCUAGAUAUACUCACGUUGCAUUCCUUCUAUUUGUAAUGUUCCCUCCUGCUUUAACAUUAUAUGCUGGAUUUCCUGUCUUGAGUAGAUCAAGAACCACAAUUGUUAUAAAGUUUCUUCUGUUGAAAGAUGGAAAAAAAAGUGAAAAAAAAAAAAAGAAAAAGGAAGGAAAAAGAAGGGAUUAGUUGUUGUUAAGCUGAUCCAGAGUUUUGUUAUUGUGGUAUUUAAUGGUUGUCUUUACAUAAAGGAGCUCAAAAGAGUUGGUUUUUG